AUGGCAACGGCAGUUCCAGACAUUCUGCCCAACCCAGACGUCGACCACUGGGGUAUCGGAGUAUUAUUUGAGGAAGAUGGGCCGGACUGCCGCCGAUGUGGGAGCCGCUCCCCAGGACGGUCAAGUAUCAGCCUCGAGACUAAAGAGGCAGUCGUGGCCUCUCCACGCCCCGAAAUCAAAGCCAAAUCGUCUCCAUUCCGUCGGUCAGGGGCACCAUCACCUGAGUCUCGUAGCAUCAGGUCGAUAACUGACGACAUUGCGGGACUGCAGAAGCAGGUGGGCGAUGUCGAACAAGAGGACGCAGCGAUGCCAAGAACACCUCUGGCCGACCCUAGCAGUGAUAUAUCAACAUCACCAACGUGCGCUGGGCCAAUGAGCUCGUACUUGACACGACCAGAGGCCCAUGAGAAAAGAGCCUUAUCAUUGCGUGUGGAUGACGACGCUGAGGAUGUUUCCGAUUGCGAAGGGUCUGUUCUCAUAGGAUUGAAGACGCUUCCCGGAGUCCAUAGAGCACGAAAGAGAAGUCAUUCGCCAAUAUUCGGCAUACCCAGGCCAAAGUCGCCAGGCAUGCCGCAUGCCCUGGAACGGUACCUUGCAUCAACAGCCUCUGAUGAGGGUCAGCCAGUCGAAGACCCGACUGAAGUAGUCAGGCCAAUCUCGCAAAAGGGUUUGGUAGAUCGCCUGGGUCAACCGGGCAUCGAAGGGGACUCCUCAGAGCCUCUGCAAACUGUUCCUGCAACAGGGAACGAACCACGUGAAGUCGAAAGAGACCCAGCUGAGCCAGCCAUAGUCGAACCAGCCGCAGUCGGACCAGCCGCAGUCGAACCAGCCGUAAUCGAACCAGCCGUAAUCGAACCAGCCGUAAUCGAACCAGCCGUAAUCGAACCUGCUCCAGUUGACCCGGUUCCAAACAGUCCGGCGUUAGCCCCUGCACUCUCCGGAGAGCAAGCGAUUGCCAAUCCACCGGAAGAACAAUGGGAUCCUUUUGCAGACCGAUGGGAUAGACCAAUAUCUGUUGACGCAGAUCAAGGUCCCGGCGGUGACUCGGGUGUGGAAGACAUGGAGGCGAGCGAGAUCUACGCUCGACUGUUAGUUCCCAGUCCUUGGCAACGGUUGAUCCCAUGCUAA